ACGGUCAGCGAACAAAACAAGACAUUACUGGUCGAGACAUUGAGGUCUGUGGCGGAGAUACUCAUAUGGGGUGAUCAGAACGACAGCACUGUCUUCGACUUUUUUCUGGAGAAGAAUAUGUUGUCGUUCUUCCUGAAGAUAAUGAAGCAAAAGUGUGGUUCCUAUGUCUGCGUACAACUCCUCCAGACGUUAAACAUAUUGUUUGAGAACAUCCGUAACGAGACAUCUCUUUACUAUCUGUUGUCCAACAAUCACGUGAACUCUAUUAUUGUCCAUAAGUUUGAUUUCUCUGACGAGGAAGUGAUGGCAUACUAUAUAUCAUUUCUGAAGACACUGUCACUUAAGCUGAAUCCG